CAGUCAGUGUUAAUCAGAGGAGCCCCGUGCUCAGUGGAGCUUCUCUCUCUCUCUCUCUCACUCACUAUAACGUCACAGUAGAGAGGGUUAGUGAAGUGAUUGCGGUGCCUGGGGACUGAGCUCCUACUCCACACUAGUCAGGUAUGAUCCACGCAGAAAUGUCUACAUUACUCCCUCGCAUCUCCUUACCAAGUGAGACAGAGCAGGCGAGAGGAAAUCUCUAGUCUUCAGGAAAGCCAGCAGGGAGAAGACUGGCUGCAGUCUGCCACCAUCCAGCAUCUGGAAAGCUGUGGUCACCGAGCUAUUGUUAGAGAAGAGAGUAGAGCUAAGCACCUCUUGCCUUCCUUCCCUGGGAUCCAGGAGUUGAUGUAUCAUGUCAUAUCCUCAGUUUGGCUAUCCUUACUCAUCCACCCCACAGUUCUUGAUGACCACCAAUUCCUUGUCUACCUGCUGUGAAUCAAGUGGAAGGACUCUGACAGAUACAGCUGCGGCCGCCUCUGCUCAGACCCCAGUCUAUUGUCCUGUAUAUGAGAGCAGAUUACUGGCCACUGCCAGGCAUGAGCUCAACUCUGCAGCUGCUUUAGGAGUUUAUAGCAACCCUUACACCGGAUCCCAGGGCUAUGGAAACUAUGUCACCUAUGGCACUGAUGCCUCUGCCUUUUAUUCCCUGAACACAUUUGAUUCAAAAGAUGGCACUGGAUCUGCACAUGCGGGCAUCACUCAGACUGCCGCCUACUAUCCUUAUGAUCAUACCCUCAGCCAGUACCAGUAUGACAGGUAUGGUACCAUGGAUGGGGGUACUCGAAGGAAGAAUGCCACCCGAGAAACCACAAGUACAUUGAAGGCAUGGUUACAGGAGCACAGGAAGAACCCUUACCCCACCAAGGGCGAGAAGAUCAUGUUGGCCAUCAUCACCAAGAUGACCCUCACCCAAGUCUCCACGUGGUUUGCUAAUGCCAGGAGGAGGCUGAAAAAGGAGAACAAGAUGACUUGGCCUCCAAGAAACAAGUGUUCUGAUGAGAAGAGGCCUUAUGAAGAGGAUGAUGAAGAAGAAGAAGAAGAAGAUGAAUCUUCCAAAGACAACAUAAAGAACGAGAAAAAAAUAGAAGCAGAAGAAAGUGGCGGAAGAGAAGACAAAGACCUGGAACUGAGUGACCUUGAUGACUUUGAUGCAAUAGAGUCUGAAAGCUCUGAAUGUGAACUGAAACAGCCAUUUCAUCAUCAAUCCCAGGAAGGACACCAAAUGAGGACCAGAGAUUGCCUCAAUGAGCAUUGCAAAGAUGUAAUGCUUAAGAUGCCUUUAAGGGCAUCAACAGUAGACCAAGAACUUGAUCGGGCUAAGAAUUGCCUCAAAAGCGUUGUUGAUGAAUGCGAGCAAGACUUAAUGAGAGCAAGACAGAGAGCCUGUGAAUCCAAACUAUGUUUUCCACAGCAAAGUCAACAACUACUGGAUUCCAAACCACGAAUAUGGUCACUAGCUCACACUGCCACCUCCUUAAAUCAAACUGAAUACCCAUCAUGUAUGCUAAAGCACCAAGAGUUGUCUUCACCUUCUUCAUCCUCAUCGUCUUCUGCUGUUUCCACACCAGUCUGUGUUAUUGACAGGCGUCAAGAUUCCCCUGUAACCAGUCUCAGAAACUGGGUUGAUGGGGUGUUUCAUGACCCAUUAUUCAGACACAGCACUUUGAACCAGGCCCUCACCAACACCACCGUUUCUUGGGCCACCACCAAAGGAAACGUUCUUGAAGCUGGCUCCUUAGGACGUUCCGUUGGGAACCCUAGCACUAUAACUAAAGGACAUGACACAAACAAAGAGUUUAUUGCAUUCCCCAAAUCUGGCAGCAAAAUGUUUUGCUCGUAACUUUAUUAAAUGUGAAGCUGAAACUUUAUAGCAGAGACGUAGAACAUUAUUCUCAGAUUGGGGCCAGAGUAAAGCCCUUCCAAUGACUGUUAAAGUGGUUUUAAACCCAAAAACAAAAAUGUGAUUAUAUUGCAGCUUACCAAUUCUUGAUGUGGUGGCUGCAU